AUGUUGCACAGGCUGUGGUUGUUGUUCGCCGUCGUCGCGCUCGCUGCGCACGCGACGGCCUUUAGCCUCGACGACCUCAACAUCGACGGCAUCGAGGCCUACCUGCACCACGGCGAGAAGCGACAGGCCAGCGGCACAGGCGCGUCACCCGCACCCUCUACGCCUUCUCCCACAUCACGACCACCACCCCCUCCACCAUCCUCACCAUCCACACCCUCACCCCAGCCUCCAUCAACGCCUGAUGCCGAGUCCACCACUGAGCGCACUUCUGAUGCCCCCACGCCCACCCAACAACAGCCGCCCGCCACGCCAACAGGAGGAGACGACGACGAGAGCCCUUCCUCUGGGUCUACGCCUGCAUCCACAACGCCACCGGCCUCGAUCACCAGCGCUCCUACAGCUACGAGGACGUCCGCUGUCGUCAGGACGAGUGCUCUUGUGCUGACCUCGCUGCAAGAGUUCGUCACCGUCAUCACCACGGUGAGCAAUGGCCAGCAAGUCGUGGCUACCUCUACCGGUACCAGCAGCAUCGUCACCACCACCGGCCAGACCCUGAUCACAGAUGCGCCCACCUCACAGGAAGGCUCGGGCGACAACGGUGGCGGCCUGAGCGACUCCAACAAAAAGGUGAUUGGUGGUGUUGUCGGCGGUGUUGGUGGCGCCCUCCUGCUGGGCGGCAUCGCCCUCGUUUUCUGGCGCAUGAAGAAGAGGCAGAACCGCGUCUCGGAAGACGACGACGACAUGACCCUCGGUACCGGCGCUGCCCUCGGCGACAAGACACAAAACGGAACCGGCGCCUCGCCCUUCCAGUCCAAUCUCGAACAAUACCACAAUCCCGGUGGACGUCCCAACGCGGCAGCCAAUUUCUAG